AAAUGUCAUGGGCAGCCACUUUACCCCAACUCUACACUUCUCUACAUUGUACAUGGAAUAGAGCACAAAAGCUUCCUGUCCUAAAAAAGCAUUGUUGAGGCUGAAGUCGUGCUGCUGCAUCUUAUUUAUCUGCCAUGGAACACAGAAGGUGAAAAGAAACAAACCAGUAGAGAAAGGACUGUCUCAGGGUCUGAUUUAAUGACUAAAAUCAUGGAAAAUUAGAUUGUUUCACAGGGACAGGUCACUCAAAGCAAAAUAUUGAGAUUAAUAUUGUGUCCCUCAAUUUCUUUCUGCUGGGUUUGUGCCCCAGGGGCUGCUUUAUUAAAAAAAAACAGACACAAAGGAAAACUCAGAGCAAGCUACAAAAUGUUUUUGUACAGAGAGAGCACUCGAGAAUACUUAGAGGGGGGUGGUGAAAGGAAAGAAACAAGAAAUACAACAAUAACAGAUUCUAAUUAUCUUAAAUUGGACACUCAAAAUUAAUGAAUAAUUAUGGUUUAUCUUCUCCCACUUUUGCAGUUUACAAAACAAAGUAACACCGUGGCACAAACACACACACCAAGUGCAGCAGAAACAGAAUAGUUGUAACUAAUUAAUGAAUUAUACAGACACUGCAGUAUAGAGUGUUAAUUAAAAAGAAAAACCAUCAGGAUCUUAGUUAUUUUUUAAAAGCACAAAAGAAGUGUUGGAGCACACAAUAAUAUAAAAGACUAGUAUUGCCUCCAUGUUCUGAAAAAUAAAAGCAUUGAGGAAAAAUAGAAAGCUCUUAUAAUAAAGGACUUCAUCAGAACGUACACAGAGUUGGGCUGACUUUGGGCUAUAUUAGGAAAAAAGCAGCAUUCGAGGGUGACUUCACAACCUUGAGAAUGUCCUUUCUGGUAUAAUUUUGGUAGCUGAUCAUGUGAACAGUAUGUGCACGUUUGUACAUAAACACCAUGUUAAGACAUUCAAGACACGGGAAAUACUUUAUCAUUCUAUUAUUAUUUUGAAAGUGUAUUCAGGAGAUUCAUUCAAGAUCUAUGUUCAUAUGAAGAGCCAACAAAUAAUUACUAGACUGAAAUUCAACUUACUCAUACAUCUGUUGUUUCAAUUUAAAAUAACAAGAAACAUUAGGAAAAUGCAAAAUAUUGCUUCACGAUUUAUAACUCUCUUGCAUUUCUGUAAAAAGGUUAUUUUUAAUUAUACUAUAUGCACAAGAGAUCAAUGGAAGAGAAAUCUGAAGCAUUUCUGUACUUUUGUAAUUUCUCAUUUAAGAACAGGCAGUUUCUAUGUAAUUUUAAGACACUCAGCACUCAAAGAAACAAACGCUUUUUGUUUUUAAUAUAUCAAAUGAAAGGUUUUGUUUGAACUCCUCACAAAACACACAUAUACACAAAUUCAUCCAUUCUUUCUUUGGGACAAAUUCUGAAUAACACCAAAAGCCAUCUAUUUAAGCUCUCAUCGAAAAAGUUUCUUUUUUGUAUGACAGUAAAAGAAGAUAAUUGCUGAAUCUGGCUGCCUGUUGUUUAAAUUUUAUUGAUGCAGGGUCAAGUCUUACCAUCAAUGAAAUCCCAUUAUUUAAACGUUUGGCUGUUAAUGAACACUAACGUUUUCCAGCGGUGCCGAAGCCGGCUGUCGCGGCGGGCGGGAGGCUCUCGCUCUCCCCACGGUCACUGAGGUGCAGAUGGAGGAGCUGCUCUCCUUGGUAACACACAAAUACAAAGUCUCAGGGGUGAGAAUCACCUCAGCAGCAAUGGGAAAAGAGAAGUGGCCCAAACCUGGGAUUUUCAGCUCUGUGGUAUGCGGCGGCCGCGCAUAUUCCAUAUAUAGAAGGAAAAUGUGCACAAUACUUUAGGUGUCCUGAAAGUCCAUUUAUCUUCAUUCUUGACUCUUCACCAAAAACUCAUCUGAAAGCCUGUUGUAUGCCCUGUCAAAGGCAAACUCCUUACGGAAAUCUUCUAACUGAGCAAAGUUUAGAGCAGUUUUGGGAUUGUUUCCCAUCUCUGUAAAUCUGAGCAUAGGGGUCUCUUGAAAGAGAAUUGCUAAGAAUUUCCAACUGGACUGUGUAAUCACAGCGCCUGGUAUCAAGAGGAGGGGGAGUGACAUGAAAUCACUGACUUGUGACAUACAUUCCUCAGCAGCUGCUGCCUAAUGACAGCUAAUAAAGGGAAUCUUCCCUUGACAGAGCUGCAUGCCUGCAGUGGGACUGGAAUGUGCCCAAGAUAAACCCACUGAUAACCUAGGAAGCAGGGAUCAUCCAAAGAGUAUAAAAGACAAGCUUCAGAAGAGAGACAGCAGGACAAGGAAGAGAGAGGCUUGAAGGGACAUCUCGGGAAAAGCAGUUUGAACUUCCCUCUUCCCAACAAAGUCAGCGCCAUGGACACUAAAGGCUCAUUUUUCUAUGGCUUCCUCUUGCUGCUGCUCAUCCAGCUCCAGUCCAGCAGAGCCAACCCUAUCUACAGCCUCAGCCCUGCCAAAGAACUAGCCAGCAUGGAGGCUCUGCUGGAGAGACUGGAAGAUAAGAUUGCAAUGAUGGAAGCCCUGGAGUCCAACCCUGACCUGCAAGAACCCAAACCCCAGGAGGAGAUCAUGUCGGAACUCGUUGAUGACAGUGACAAUCAGAAGGCUGAACCCAGGCUUGCACCCAACAGCCCUCUGUCCUACAGGGAGCCCCUCUUCAAGAGACUGAGGGGGCUGCAGAUGCCCAGGAUGAUGAGGGAUUCUGGCUGUUUUGGGAGGAGGAUCGAUCGGAUCGGCUCCCUCAGCGGGAUGGGCUGCAAUGGUGAGUCCUGGCUAAGCAUUUCACUGAGCAGCACAGACCGUGCCUGACAGGGGACAGGGAAGGAGCAGCUUCUCAUUUAAGUCUUUAAGGAGACACAGUUUGAGAAUGGAAUUAAUUUGAGUCUAGUAUUUAAGCCAGUAUUGGUUUUUCAAAAGCGCUGCUGACAAUGGUGACACGUACCAAGACAAAAGCAGAUUCUAACAACCUUUAUUUUGUGUUUGGUUUGCAGGUUCCCGGAGAAAUUAGGAUCAACCUCCCAAUCCCCUGCUCUGAAGAAUGCUUUACAGUACCCCUUCCUCCCAAGAUGAAAGCCAGAUGCUUUCUAAGCUCCUCAACAGAAAGUUAUUCCUAUUUUUAUUUAUUUAUUUAUUUAUUUAUUUGAUGUUUUUUAAAGAACAUUUCUUACGCUAGCACCGACAGACCAUCUUUAAAUAAAACUAACACAUUGGACAUCUGUGCUGGACGUCUCUCCUGUCUGUUGCAUUGUAUUUUCUUGUAUUUGGCUAAAGUCAAAAUCUUAAAUUUUCUUGAUAUUUUGGUACCCCGAAGCCUAGAUCUUACUUACAUGAGACAGAGAAAGCAUGAACUUGGUAAAAAUGAAAACGAGUUUUUGACUAGAGCUUUUCCUCUGCUGUAAGAAAUACUAACAGGUUAGCAGGAAAAAAAAAUCUUGCUUAACAUGGAAAGACCAUCAUGAGUCCUCCUAUAGACAGGGUUUCAGUAAUAAGAGAGUCCUUUUGCUGGUUUAGAUUAUUCAGUGAUGGGAACUACCACAAAUGCCUCAUGUAAGCAAAAAUUACAUGGAAAGAAAGAAAUAAAAUCAUAACACUCCACAAGUUUCAAGAUAACCAGAGGGAGGCAAGGGAAUUCAUUGUAUUUGUUUUCUAGCAGUGACCAAAUAAAGGUUACGAGCAUCAACAGAAAGAUACAUCAUUAACUGUGUCUUGUCUCACUCUGCAUGUGCCUGAGAUGCUGAUUCCCAGAAUUUCUUGAAGGAUCCUCAAAGGGUUUGAAUAUUACCAUGAUAUUCCUCAUGAGAGGACAGGUGGGAUCACUCAGCUCCACAGCAGUUUGCAUGGAAGAUUUAUCACUUUCUGGGAAUGGCCCCUUGCAAGGAUGUUCUAACAUGGCUAAAGGGAAGUCUGAUUAAGGUUUAUUUAACCUUGGUUGCUAGAUUUCACACCUAGGAGCUGAAUUUGACCCAAAACAUAUUCUAGCACCCCACCAAAGAAGAUAAUAUUGCCAAAUCCACAUUCAGUCAGUUUGUCAAGGAAUAAAAAGAUCUUGGAUCUUGUCUUAGGUUACAAUGAAAGAUGUAACCAGAAGUAUAAAUUCUAUCACCAUCUGUUGAAACCAGGUGGAGCAGUUCUCUUUAUCUCUUCCAUGACCAAUCCCUCAUAACCCCAGGGGGAUAUUCCUCUGUUAAUGGGGCAGCUGUUAAACCCAGGUGGGGAGUUUUCUUUAUCUCUUCCAAGACCCACCCUCUGUCCAGGGCGAUGUCUUUUGUUAAUGGGCCACUGAGUCUCACUGUAUGACUGAUAAAAUUACAUCAUCCCACUGGGAGAUGCUCCAGCAUUCCCACCUGGAUAAAAAUCUGAGAUUUGGAACACCAGGGCAGCCUUUUCCACUGGAUUCCCAGGGGAAGAGCAGACCCAUCUAUACCACCACAGGACCUGUGCUAGUUUUGCAUUAAUUGACAUUUGGUUAGGAGGGAAGAAGCCACCACAGAAAUGAUUUUCCUAAGAGAAGCUGCUAGCAGUUUCCUCCGUGCCUGACAAAACCAAUCAAUGGCUAGUCUGAAUAUUGACAUCUGGUUAAACCAAUUAAAGAGCUGAAUACACCUCUGUGAGAUUCACAUUUUAAGACAAACAAAAGUGGACUGCUACCAACACCCUGACCAACAGGGUGUCAGGUUGUAUUCUGACUCUCCCAGUGGUUUUUUUGUACUACUGCAUCUUUAUUUUAAUUUUCCUGGUAAAGAACUGUUAUUCCUAUUCCCCUAUCUUUGCCCGAGAGUCUCCUAAUUUCAAAAUUAUAAUAAUUCAAAGGGAAGGGGUUUAAGUUCUCCAGUCACCUGUCUUUCAAACCAAGACAGAUCCCUGUGAGCCCUGGCAAUGCAUCAAGCCCAGCUCAACACGACUGUCCUGUGAUUGACUGCACGUACUGCUAGGAACUGUGUUAUUUUGAGCACCUCAUGAGUCUCAUUCCCAGAAUCUCAGCACAUUCCCAGUCUCAUUCCCAUGUACCUGAGUACCCUGAGAAGCUUGUUCAGGCCUUAAGAAGGCAGUACCAGGACAGACUCAGCUGGAACAGUCCAAUUCUGACUUUGGAUAUGCAAAUGCACGUGGGGACAGAAAUCUGAGCAGGUGAGGAUAAGGUAUGGAAGGCAGGUGUUCCAGAGCUGCUGACAAAGCUCUCAGGGACCACAGCUCCAGGGAAAGGGUAAAUUCAAGUGCACACCCCUCCUGCACAGGGCCGUCACAGCAAAGGCUGCUGCAACACUUUAACAGGGCUCAUGUCACACAUCACAUUUCUGACAGGCCACCCUCCCAGUCACUGCCUGCACUGCUGACACGGCCUCCAAGAGGGGUCUGUGUGCUCCUCUCCACACUGGGCCCUGUGGUUCUUUCCUAGGGAAGAAGGGCAGAACUCUAAUCUGAGGGAAUAAUUUUGCUACACUCCAACAGGAAGCCACAGACAAAUCCUCUCCUUCCAGCAGCACCAGCUCCAAAUAAAAUACUUUGUGGAGUAGUGUCCAUACAGGUUUCCCUGACAGAAGAAUAAACUCCCAGGUUAAGAUUCCCAGCAGCAUCCAUGGCACAUCUCUGCAGUGAAAGCUACAGCAACUUUGCAUUUAUUCACAGAUCAAGGGGAUGUGAAGUCACCCUUUGGGGAGCCCUUGUCUUCUAAAAAGGCUUUCCAAACACACCCUCUGCUCCACGAUGGGAACAUGCAGGUGAAUCCCUCCACGCCAGCAAUGGGCAACAGCCUGAUUUCUCCUGUGCUGCUGAAAGUAAAAACCAUUUAUGUACUCUAACAACAGCUCUUGCUAGAGCUGAAUUUUACCCAGUCAAGCACAGCUUGCACAGACACUGUAAAUUGUCCCUCCCUGUCGGCCCCUCAAGGCACAAACCACUGUUUAGUUCAGUGGAAUGUGCUAAAAAUGGCAAGAAGAGGCAAUGCUGCCUGACCUAAAGCCAGGUGGGUCCAGUGUUAGCAGCAAGCCAGUUCCUGGUGGAACAAGUCUGUAUUGGCUUGCAGACAGUAUGUUAAUACACCCUGAGGUCUGGGAGAACCUAAUUGAGGGUAAGCAAUCGAGGAAAAAAGCAUCUCUGACUGGAUUUUUACUGCUACUCCCAUACAUACACUGAGCUGUAAAACACCCUGAGGGAAAUCUUGCAGCCAGGUCAGAACAGUGCUGCACUCAGGAGGAAGCACUGGCAAAAGGUGAAUGGGAGAAACUCAACACUGAUCAGCUCUGCAGGCAAAGAACAUCACCACCAAGGAUGAAAAAAAGCUGCCACUGUUGCUGUGAGAGCUGGAUCAGAGAGAGCAGGGAACAAUCUUGGGAAUAGCCAUCAUGUAAAUGAAGAAAUAUACCAGUGGGACCAGAGAAGGACCAGGCUAACACCCUCCACACAGCUAUAAUGACAUUUCCUGUGCUGCCAGACUUCAUCCUAACUUCCAAAGAGUGUUUGGCAGUACCCAUGAUUGGCUGUGCAUCCUUCAGCAGCUUGCUUUCCUUUACUGGAACACAGGAAUUCCAUUAGCGUGCUCCAUGCACUCUCUAAGGCAUGAGCCCCUUUGGAAUAGGGGCCUGCUGCGCAUGGGGUAUAUCUGCAAAUUAGAUUUGAUGGUUUCUUUGCUCCUCAGACACUGCACUAUCCCCAUCCAGCUUCCCACUAAAUGAAAUGCUUCCACUGAAAUCCAAGAAUGCCAAGAGGAGCUGUCAGCACUGCUCGGUUCCUCGAAGAAAUCAGAAGUGAAGUACAGGGCACACACCCCCACUGCUGCAGGGAGACGUGGAGCUGUGCCAGCUCACAUCCCAGUCUGGCUGCAGCCAGCUUGCUUAAUUUACUUCCCCUGAAUCUUGGCCCCUGAAGGCUUUUGCUGAUUGACAUCUGCUUGAUAAGUGUGUCCCACACUUUUAUGUGGGAAGGAAGGAAGAUUUGUAAGGCUUUCCCCCUCUAUUACCAUCUCCUGACUGCUCUCUCAGCAAACCAGCACAAUCCUGUACAUAAAAAGCAGAGUGGGGAGAAGUUUAUAAAAACAGAAGAUGGUGGGAAGGCAGCAAGAGUCAGGCCUGCUAUACUGGGAAUUGGAAGGAUAGAAAAGAUAGAUAACACUGGUGUGUCAAUUCGGCCAUCCCAGAGAGAUAUUCUCUAGUAUAAGCAUCAAAGGGUUGCUGGGGCAGUCAACAAAAGUCUCAGGGUUGUCAUGUCUUAUCUGUUAGUCAUAAGUUUUCUACACAGUAUUAUUUUCUACUAAAACUGGUAUCUAUGAGUUCCAGACUCUGCUCCGAAAUGUUUAAAGGAUCAGUAAGAUGUGUGUUAAACCAUACAUAGCCCAUACAGCAAUUGAAACAGCCAUGCUACUCACUUUUAAACUGUGAUCUCAACACCCAAACCUCCCUGACUGACUCCCCUCCCUUCCCAGCAGACAGCAGAGCUCACUGAUGCCUCAUCCCAGCUCCCUGUAAGCCUUUCCAGACACUGCAUUUGAGCAGUGGAUGCAGAGGAGACUGAGUGUGUCCCACCACUGCUAGAAAUCCCUUCAGCACCCUGGACAAGAAGAGCAGCUCCUCUCUCUCCUCACACCCCUGCAACAGCCACAGCUCUGGGCAGCCACCCUCUUCCUUCCACAGCUGGGAAUGCACACGCCUGGAUGGGAAUGCACACACACUGAAGAGGCAGCUGGUACCCUGCUAGCAAAGCAAAAAUUAAAAUAAUAAUAAUAAUCUCACUGAACAGUAAUUUUUUUUGCUAGAGCCCCAGCGUGUUGUUACAGGGACAAUGACACGUAGUUGGAUUCAACAAGUCUAUAAACCUCUCCCAUUCCCUCCUGUGUUGCUGUAUUUAUGACCUAGGGCAGCACAGAGCUGGAGCAGAGGUCCCCCAGUCCUUUCUCCUGAUGACCCCUUCCUACCCUGCCAGGUUAUUCUUCUUAUUCCUUGCUUAAGACUGCUGUGGCACUUCUCCAGCUCCUCAAACCAGAUUUCUGCCAUUCCCUCCCAAGAGAGGGUUUUACCAGUCUCAGGCUUUCCCUGGCAUUCCAUACCCACCAGGGCAGGAGGGCAGGAGCCACACAAGCUGCUGGCUAACUCUGUGCCAGAGUGCCUCAGAGAGCUACACACCACAGCCCCUGAUGCACACAAACAUGCAAAGGCAGUGAGCUUUUGGGGUCAGGUAUUUCCACAGUGCUCAAAGACUGUAUUAAUAUUUUUUGGCCUGUAAGCAUGUGAUGAAAGCUCAAAAAUUUGUCAUAAAUUCUUUUCUGUAAGGCGGACAGCAAGACAAAGCAGGAAAGAUAGCCACAAACUAAAUAAACGUUAAAGAUGAAAUGAAGAUUUCACACCCUGGAGAAGCCAACUGUAGAACAAGAGGUGCCACACUAUGGUCUAAACCUCGUUCAUUAACUCACUGGGAGGAAGGUGAAUUCUCAG